AUGGUCAUUACGAACUCAGCUGAGUCUUCAAGUUGGGAUUUCACCCAGGUGCAUGACCUAUUGCGGUCGCCCACCUAUGGGGGUGCCUUGAGACCCAGUCGCCACACCGAACCUACAGCUUUCCCCGCCCAGGAACAGCAGUCCAAGUCUAUUGGUAACCAUGUCGAUUACAAGCCUCAGUCUCUGAGUGCUCGAGUCAGCGACACCAAACUAGGGGAUUUCGGUUCACUUUGGGACCUUUUGAAUAAUGGCCCCGCUCCUGUCAGCCCAACACCAGCUUCUGUCACCACGAAGUCCAGCUUGCCAGGGAAUGAGCCAGCAUCAACUCUCGACACACUGAAUGAUUUCGUUUACCGCAUCUCAUCAACCGAUAGACCUGUCGCUGCUUCUCCUGCCAACAAUUCGACUGACCACAAUGUUGCGAAUGUAAAGCGUUCGGAUGCCGCCAGAAGCACUCAUUCUCGUCACCCAUCCACACCAGUCCGACCAGUGUCUAUACUGAAGCGAGCUGUAGAUGAGCAAUGCUCUGGAAAGAACGUCAAUGUGAAAUUUGACGACCCACGAACUCCUGCCAAAUUUAGCUCUGCGACCGACGGCAGUUCAAGCGAUACUCCCAAGAGGAAGACCAAAUCCAAGAACCGGGACAACACCAAGAAAUCCAGCACCCGCAAUGAACCGAUUUCAUCUGAAGGCAGCGCCGGGGUGGACUCAGACUCGAGCGCUCUUUUCGAUCGUCCUUUGCCUAAAAGAACCGGGGCUUUAGCAUUUGUUCCAGCUCAAGUUGGCACGCCUGAAGUUCUAAGUGACCGCUAUGAUACUCCGCCAUCUUCGUUCGACGAUCAAGAUUGGUCUUUGAACACAGACACUAUCAGAAACGGUAUUCGUGUUCGGUCCACCUUGUACAAAUCAUCGACGGAGCGAAGGAUCUCCCUGAUGACAAGACUUUUGAAGGAGUAUCCAGGAUACGCCAAGAUCGUCUCUCAAGUCGGUCAAUCUGUGCAAAGUCCUCCCAAGAAAGACGUUAGCUCGCAGCCUAUCCAUAUCUUUGUUGAUAUGUCAAACAUUAUGAUUGGAUUCCACGAUUCAGUCAAAGCCUCGCGAAGUAUUGCUCAACAAACCCGAAUCCGUCGUGUGCACAUGUCAUUUGCCAACCUGUCUCUGAUCAUGGAGCGAGGCCGUCAGACCGCCAAGAGAGUCUUGGUCGGCUCGGAUCGGUUGCCCUCCAUCGAUGAAGCUGAAACGCUAGGUUACGAGACCAAUAUCCUGGACCGCGUGCAAAAAGUCAAGCACAUCACACCCCGUCGCAAUAAAAUACGAAAGUAUCCAGCCUCCGACUCCUGUGGGAUAUCCGGUGGGCCUGAAACGGUCGCCGCCUCCGGAGAGCGUUGGGUCGAGCAGGGCGUGGACGAAAUUCUACACCUGAAGAUCCUGGAGAGCCUUGUGGAUACUGAUGAACCAGCCACCAUAGUGUUGGCUACAGGCGAUGCGGCAGUUGCGGAGUUCUCUGGCGGGUUCAUGAAAAUGGUCGAGCGUGCACUGCAGCGCGGUUGGAUCGUCGAACUCGUCAGCUUUGCGCAGGGAACUAGCUACGCGUACCGAAAGAAGGAGUUCCGGGCACAGUGGGGGAUCGAUUCCACAUUAUCGAGCUGGAUCCCUAUGUUGAGGAACUUUUUGAAUGAUUCUCACCGUUUGUGA